AUGCCUUAUCGCGUCACUUCAUUUUUUCUUUCUUCAACAUCAUCAGAUAUAAAUGUUGACAUUUGCAUUCCGAAGUUCUGGGAAAUUCGAUUGAAUGAACAAAUUCUAUUUAAAACCUUUCCCUCACCUGACGAUAUAAAGUGUGAGUUAUUUUUCAAAAAAACGACUACAAGAGAUCCAACCGGUCGGUUUGUCGUUUCUCUUCCAUUUCGAAAUUCAAAACCUGAUUUGGGAGACACAUAUCCUCAGGCGUAUCGUCUGUUUUUACUAUUGGAAAAAAGAUUAAUAAAAUUUCCUACCCUCUACGCCGCUUACUCGAAUUUCAUGAGAGAAUAUUGUGAUAUGGGACACAUGUCUGUGGCUCCUUCAAGCAGUCGUUUUUCUCCUAAACCGACUUGUUUUUUGCCUUAUCACUGUGUGCUGAAACCAGAGAGUGUAAGCACGAAACUUAGAGUAGUUUGGGAUGGUUCAGCCAAAGGGCCUACAGGUAUAAGUUUAAACGAUACCUUACUUCCUGGACCCAAAUUACAAAAGGAUAUUACUUCCUUACUUUUAACUUUCAGAUUAGAUCCUAUUGUGUUUAUUGCCGAUAUUAAACAAAUGUUUCGACAAAUCUUAGUUUCUCCUUCAGAUCGAGAUUUUCAGAAAAUUCUUUGGAGAUUAUCUCCAGAUGAACCGUUACUAGAAUAUACGUUAAAUACAGUUACUUUUAGACUUAGUUGUAGUCCAUAUUUGGCUAUGCGUACAAUUCAAGAGUUAGCUUUGAUAGAACAAGCUAAUUUUCCAAAGGCUAGCCAAGUGCUUUUAAAUCAGAUCUACAUUGACGAUGUCCUGGGUUCAAGCUCUUCUAUCCAAGCUGCUCUUUAA